AUGGCGAAACUCCGUGCUUUCCUUUCCCCCGCCCAAGUAUCCUAUUCUUACACGGCACGCAAGAUCCGCCAUCGCUACAGCCUGUGGGCCUCGCAGCGUCUACUUUCUAACUUGACGGCCGAGGACUUCUCCCGUCUCAUCAGUCUCUUCGGCACACUAUCCACCACUCAGCGUGGCCGGCUCGAUAAUUCCUUCGCACACCCGAAAGCUACCCAGUUCUCCCCGAAUCCACCUUCGUCUCACUGGGAUAUGGUGAAACGGAUCAGCGUGCACAAAUCCUGGCUCGGACACACUCUUACUGCUUCAGAUCAUUACUGGCUCUUCCGUCGUAGUUUGGCGCGGUUUCGGGACCCCUCGCAAAAUGGUGAGUGUGCUGGUCUCGUGUAUAUAUGCUUGGAUUUUAACGUCGUUCGAGGCUCUAAAACCACUCAGGAUGCGCUUGCUUCGGCGAUCAAACAUCUUCGAGCCCUCUCUCGCCAUGGAGUGCUGAGCCAGCCGGACACGCAUCUACUUGAGGAGACAAAAGGCGCCUUCGUAGUCCACUGGUCGCAAACUCUCGCCCGCGACAGCCCUUGUGAAGGCCAGGUUGUGGAUACACUACUCCGCGCGCUCCUCCAGUUCCAAAGUGCCCUUCCGGUCGCGUCCAAGCGCGCCAUCGUGCAGGCUGUCGUCGAUAGAGUCAAUGCUCAGACUCUUAGUCGCGCCGAAACGGUACCCUCUCACGGCUCUUUUGAGGACAGCCCUCCCUCGUCCCAACACCCAUCCACGGUCCUGCUGAUUGCUCUCCAAGAUGCACUCUUCAGUCUCACCCCUCAUCACGACCAUCAACUAGGCCAUUGGGCAUCAAGUCUCGUUCGUCGUCUCUUCGGGCCGCAAGGGGACAACUUCGACCUCCGUUGGAAUUGUCUCCUGCUGUUCGCCUUGGCUCGUCAUGGGCCGGUGCGGUUGGACGGCCUCACCCCGGCGUCUUCGCCUGACGGCCUCACCCAAGCGGCUAUAGUGGAAUGGCAAACCAUCUGCGGCUUGGCGCUUGCAGAAAGUGCCACCGCAGCCAAGGAAGAUGAUGAGUCGUUCUCGCAAAGUCUGUCCCACGACUGGUCGAUCGUCCUUCGCAACUACUGGCGCAAAUGGACGACAACAUGUCCUUCGGCGUUCCCUGAUCAACCUCUCCUCGUUCCCCGACUCAUCUCCGCCUCUUUCUUCAAAUGCGCGGCGUCGCUUGGAGAUCGAUCCUUGGUGGAGGCUUGCCGGGAGUUCUGUGUCUCAGCAGACCUGUGGGAAGCGAAGCUCCCUGACCCUACCUCGAGCGCUGGAUUGCGUACACUGACUGCGGAACAACUUUAUGCGUCGCUGACCUGCGGAACGUUUUUCGAGCGAGCACUUGUGGACCUCAUGGUAUCCACAGAUCGACUGAGCAGUCUGCGGCACGCGGUCGACACGACCAUCCUUCGAUUCGUCAAGAGGAACGUUGAACAAGCCCAGGAGCUCGUGGCCAUGUCCAGUGCACGCGGUAUCGUCCCCAGCGACCUCGUUCUCCGUACCGUCGGGAUCGCCGUCGCUCAAAGUGGCAUAAGCGAUUUCUUGGAUCGAUACCUCGAGUAUCGUUGCCUCACCCCGCAGACACGUUCCCUCGUCAUAUCCGCCCAUCUCCGCAUGUUCGUUCAAUAUGGCCCUCGCUUCCUUCGGCCCGGGAAAGUGAUCGAGGCCAUGUGGCAGUCGCUCCCCCUCCUCGACGGUCCUGAUCAGCCUGCGUCGUUUCUUCCUGUCCUGCAAGCGACGCUCCUGGCUCUUGUACGUCACCAGCACUCCGCCGAGGUCGCCAAAAUAGUUCAAUCCAUCCUCGGACACGACGCCAAAGCAUUUCCCCCCUCCUUCUACAGCCGCCUUCUGCACGCUCUGAGCCGCUCGGGACAGUUUCGCCUCGCUCGAGAUACCCUACACAUGUGUACGUCGGCGAUUCCGGAUAUGGGGCCGCGGUGGACGGAGAUCGCGCUUUUAGGAUUCGUUCGCAAAGGUGCCAGCCGCAUGGCGUCGGCGCUGGUCAGGCGUUCUCAUCUGAAAGCGUCUUCUCUGCCUCCUGGACUUCAAGUCGCGGCCAUGGCCAAGUUCCGGGCCUUCUCUCCCCGAGCGGUUGAUACGUUCGCCAUCCAGCGUCUCGCCGCGGGCUCGGACAACCCGCAAGUGUGGGUGCACGCCAUCACGAUUCUCACCAGGGCGCGCCGGGUACGGGCGGCGAGACGACUGUAUCGGGCGGUCCAAGCGCAGUCGGACCCGGUUGCGCGCACGAUGAUGGGCAACGCCAUCCUCCGCGGGCACCGUGCGCCAGGCGCCUCCCGCAGCCAGCAGCUCCGCGGGGUGAUCAGAAGCUACGAAGAGCUCAGCGAAACGAGCGGCUUCGCUCCCGACCACACCACCGUGACCAUCCUCCUUACGGCACACCUCCGCGCGCGGCCUGGGAUGGACGCAGGGAAGGCGCGCCGGCUCUUUGAUGACCUCGCCACGGAGUUGGGCGAGAGGAGGGGUGGGAGCAGCGCGGCUGACCUCGUGCCGUUCGGCAGCGUGGGCUCUGGCCUCGCGGAUGGGACGCUCCGCCUCGACGGCUUCGCGUUUCCCCGGGUCGCGCGGCCAUUGGAUGCGCGGCGGGACGUGGAGCCGAUGUACAAGGCGUUCAUCAACGCGUUUUACGAGCUCGACGAUGUGGUGGCGGCGCGAGCGGUGGUGGGGAUGUUGCGGGCGCUGAGGGAGGAGCAGGGCCCGGCGCGACGCGGGAAGUCGGUAAAUAGCGGGGACACACAUGUGCAUAGAGCGGGAUAG